AUGGACUUUGACUUGGAUGAUCCGCUAGAUGAUAUCCUGAAGAGUGAUGAAAGUGAUAGUUUCUUCGAUACAGGAGUGAAGAAGGAUGCCGCAGGAGCCAAACCUGCCACACCAGCGAAGAAGGAGGUUCCUGGAAAGGCUAAAAUGUCUGAUUUAUUUGGCAUUGGCAAGUCUGAGAGUGUUCCAAGUCAGCCAAAGAAGCCAGAAGCGAGCGCUGCAGUUGAGGCGCCGAGAGUGAAGCCAGAGCCCAGGAAAGAAACACCCAAGAAGACGCCGGAGUUGAAGAGCAAGGUGUCCUUUGACGAUGAUGCGGAUCUGGACUUGGGAUUUGAUCCGAAGCAACCCAAGGCGAAGACGAAUAUCUUCGAGGAUUUGCUGGGGACGAAGUCUGUCCCGAAAACUCCUCCUGUCCAGCGAGAUUCGCGGCCAAAGACAACGCCAAUAUCUCGCCAGUCGACUUUUGACCAAGGAGACGGAGAUCCUGCACCACAAGUGCCAAGUGGGCGGCCCAGAACGGCGGUGAAGACCGGAGGGAAUAUUCCUGAUCCUCUGGGAUUGUUUACGGAGAAACCAGAGCCACAAGCAGCGACUGCUAAAAACACCCCAAAAGACUGGUUAGGAUUGGGAACAGAGAGUGCUAAGGAAGCUCCUGUGAAGCAGAGCCAGAAAGAGGAGAAAGUCGCUCCACAGCAAACUCAGGAGCAAGUUCAAGUCUUGAGUGGAGAGACAGUUUUGCAGUCCAUGCGCCAACAGGAGAGUCAAUUGAUGCUGGCGGGACAGCUGAAGAAUCAGGAGAGAUCACUGGUGGAGAUUCAGGCUCGUCAGGCGGAUCUGUUGCGUCGGCAGGAAGUGCAGUUCUCAGAGUUGAUGCAGAAGCAGAUGCAGCGACAGAGUGUCCUGGAGGAGAACAUCAGGCAGCAGCAGGAGAAGAUCAAUUCGCACAUUGAAGUGCUGAUGAAUCAACCGGUUUUGGCGGGAAUUGCCGUGAAGAGUGAAGAAGCACAGAGGACAGCAGAGACUGUGGAAGUUGUGGAGCUGAAGGCGGAUGUGAGGAGAUUAGAGCUAGAGAAGUUACGACUUGAGGAUUUACUGUCGAAUGUGAAGAGUAAUCAUGAGGAGGAGUUGCUGUUGAUGGAGAGAAGUCAUAAGAAGCAAAUUAGUGUGCUGGAAGAGACUCUACAGAGUCUCGAGAAUCGCCUGAAGAGUGAGAAUUCCAGUUUGGAGGAGUUUUUCGCCAGGAAAUUAGCCAAACUCGAGGAGGAGAAGGUCGGUUUGGUGAGAGAGGCGGAAGAGAAGCUUGAUGACAUGAAGACAAGCCAUCGGGAUGCUCUGGCCACGCUGAGGAGUGGCUAUGAGAGUGAUCUUGAGCACAUCAGAGAGGAUCACAAGAGGAUUGUCGAGAAUAUAAGGGAGUCAAAGCUGAUGGAAUUCUCAGUGGUGCAGGAGAAUUCCUCCUAUCUGCAGCAGCUGAAGACUGCCUCGUCAUAUCUGGAGACUGCUUCGGGGAACAUUGAGACGCUGAGAGAGACAAUAGAUGAGCGGAUCAAUGUUGUGACUGCAGAGAAGACGCGCGAACUGGAGGCGAAGGAGAGGAAUCUCGAGGAGCAACUGAAGAGAGUGGAAAGGAGUCGUGAUUUGGCAGAAUCUGAGCGUCUGCGAUUGCUAGACAUGGUCAAUGUGCUCGAUGUGAAGCUGACAAAAUUGUCCCAGGAGGCGUCGGAGGAGCAGUGGAUGAUGAAGGAGAAGCUGGCCACGCUGGAAGUCGAGAGGAAGUCCUUUGAGCGCGAGCGGGAUCUUGUGCGAGAAGAGCAGAAGCGCCAUGAGAGGCGAAUUGAGGAUCUGAGGAUCAUGACACAGGAGGAGCACAAGAGGCUGAUGUGUCAGGUGGAGGACGAACGGAGGAGGAUCGUGGAGGAGCGCAUGAAACUGGAGAUGAUGGAGAAGAUCAAUCCAGGCAGGAGUUCACGAGCAGAGGUGGAAAUUGCCCUGAAAGUGGCAGAAGAUGCUGCCAAAGAAAUUGACAGGGAGCGAGAGAAUCUGAUGAAGUUGCAGAGGGAGUGUGAUUGUGUGAGGCGGCAGCUGCAGGAUCGGGAGAACAGUUUGAGGAGGCGUGAGGUGGAUGUGGAGGCGGCACUGAGGACGGCUCAAGCGCGAGAAGCGGCGGCCGAGGGUGCUUUGGAAGGAGCGAAGGCGACGGAAGCGCAGUUGAUUCAGAAAUACCAGCAAUUGUCGCAGAACUCCAAGGAUCUCUGUCAGCGGGAGGAGAAACUGUCGCAAUCGUGGGAACAGCUGAGCAAGGAGCGAUUGGAGAUGCAGGCCAUGCGGAGGAGCCUGGCGGAAUCCAAGUGCAGUCUGUGUCGCUUUGGGCAGACAAAUCAGAAGAUCGCAGAUCUGUUCAGCAUGAAGUUGGCGGAUCAGUCUGGCAAGAUCACAGAAGUGAGGAACUUUACGGAGGAGAUUGAGAAGCUGCCGAGUGUGACGGAUGACGAUCUGCUGAAUGCGUCAAAGAUGAAGAGUAUGUCCAGGAAGAACUUGUAA